AUGGCAACAGGGGUGAAACCUCGUGAUGAAGACUCGUCUCUUACCAGGGCUGAUUUAGAGGCAAUUCAAGACGCAAUGAAGAGCAAGAAAUUUCGAGAUCUACUCACCGAGUACUGUGAUGAAGUUCGUGACCCGGCAAAUCAAGCAAUCUAUCAGAAAGAAAUGACCCAACUAGAGAAGGAACGUGGCUACGAUGUUACUUACAUUAACCCGAAAGGAAGUUAUGUUAUUAAAACAAGCGUCGCGGGCGAUAGAAAAGCUUUUAUCAACAUUUGCAGUAAUGAUAACGUGGAUAAACCAUCAUGUAAUGUCCAAGAACAGAAUGGACAAAAAGGAAUGAACUGGCAACUUCCGUAUACAAUUAUACCACCCAGAGAAGACUUUGAUAAAAAGAAAGAAAGAUGCGUAAUUUAUGAUGUUGUUUUCCACCCCGAUACAUUGCGCAUGGCAGAGGUUAAUAAGCGUUUUCGAGAGUUGGUAAACAAAACUGCUUUAAAUGGAUUAGAAAAAACUUAUAAUAUUCAGUUUGAUACAAAUAACUACCGCUUCCCUAAAUCAAACUACAAAGGCAUGACAGUACCUGCUGUUAUUAGAAAAGAAGAUCCAAACUUUAAGUCAUUAAGUGAUGAUGAGACAGAAGAAAUCUCAUCAGAGAUUCUCGAAAAAUUAUAUCCACAACAUAUAUAUCCAGAUACUAAUAAAUCUACAGAAAAUAAUUGUCUAAAAGAAGAACAACACAGAAAAAAAGCAAAAAAUAGUAAAAAACAGUUUGCUCAUUCGUCUGAUGAUGUAUACACUAUACCUAAAUAUACAAUAAAACAACAGAAAAAUCUAGAUCUUCAAGAUUUUACUUAUGAUAAGCAUAGCAAACAGUAUUCUACAAUCCCAACUUAUAUCACUGUUGAAAUUAAUUUACCACUACUAUCGUCAACUAAAGACUGUGUUUUAGAUGUACGGGACAAAAAUCUCUUGCUGGUUUCUGAAAAACCAGCAAAAUAUAAACUGAACCUUAUAUUACCUUAUGCGGUUGAUGAAGAGAGUGGAAAUGCUACAUUUGAUUUGUCAAAACAUCUAUUAAUUGUGAAAUUGCCUGUUCUUAGAAAAACAUCACCUAGUGACAAAACUGUCUCACUAAAGGGAGACAGUGGGGUUGAAAGUGGAGAAAAUUCUAACAGUGAAGAAGAAUCUAAGGGUAAGUUAGUAGAAGAAAUAACUCCAGCUUUAGAAGGAUUCAAAUUAUUAAAUGUUGAAGAAAAUAAACAGUAUUCUAUGUUUAAUGAAGAUUUUUUGCUUCCCACCAUUGGGUACACUUUUCCUUCAUAUACAUAUAAUGCAUUGGAUGAAAUAGUAGCAUUCACUUUUCAUGUUAAAAACACUGAUCCUGAUUCUAUCAAAGUCAAGAAUGAUGGAAAUAAAGUACUCAUUAAAUUCUCCUCUGUUGGAGCGGGCUUUGUGCCUGUACAUUAUGCUGCUUUAAUUACAUUUGACCAUGGAGUUAAAUUUGAUAAUGCUACUGGUGAAGCUUGGGAUAAUAAUGUAAUACUACAGCUGGAAAUAGCUGGGGAUAUCUGUCCCGACAAAUUUCUGAUAGGGUUAAAUGAGCAUGACAUGAAAAGAGAAUAUUUUGAUGUAACUUUAUCAAAAAAAUCUUCUAAAGAUGACAAUUUACUAGACGAUAGACCUAGUGCCAAGGAAUCUUCUUCACCAUCAGUUGAAGUAACUAACUUUGGUAGGGAAACAAAUAUAGUUGUGUCUUCAAAAAUCCAUAACGAUGAAACACAAGAUGAGGAUGAGAAUGAAAUAGAAAGACCUAUUGUUUGGAUAGAAUCCAACACUGUGGAAAAUGGAGCUAAGAGUAUUCUACGUAAACCUAUUUCAAUGAUGCGAAGUUUUUCCGAGUCAAGUACUGGAGAUGUUGCUUCAUCUAUGGACUACAUUAGCUCUGAUUGCAUUCCAGAAGAAUCCAGUUUGAAGAAGACAGUUCGGUUUAGUAAUGUCAUUGCAAAACAAUUUUAUAGGUAUAAUUCAUCAAUAGAAGGCCAGAAAAAAAAGAAUCAAAGGAAAAAAAGUAAAAAGCGUAAUCUAGAAAGGCGCAAGAGCGAGAGUGAGGCUGAAGAUGAUGUUACAAAUUCAAUCCAGGCAUCAAAAUCCAGAACAAAGCUGGCCCUUAAGCAAAGACAUGAUAGUGGAGUUGUAGAUACAUCAGAUGCAGAGGAGUUUAAGAAUACGAUGUCGGAUUGCGACCUACAAUAUGAUACUGAUGAAAAUGCUAAUAUAAAUGAACCUAAUACAAAAGAGGACUCGUUCAAUUUAAUGGAUAGUAAUGGCAACACAAGAGAGAAAAAACCUCUUUGGAAAUCAGGUGCUUUACAUCCAGAGAACCCUGAUUACAAAGAAGAAAGGCACAAAACAACAUCCUACAAUAUAAAACAUAACACCGAUCUUUACAAUCCUGAUAAAUUAAAUAAAGGUCAAUAUUUAGAAGUGAAAUUCAAGAAUGAUCUCAUAUUUGAUCUUGAUAUG